UUCUGAGUGAAUUCCAUAACUAAGAGAUUAAUUUUAUUUCAAAGGUUAUUAGAACACAUGCUAGUGGAUGUAUUUGGGAGGAAGGUGAGAAAGGGGAUAGCUGAUAGAAAAGAAGGUAUACUUCUUUGUAUGGAAAAGUGAUAUAUUUAAUCUGUGUCACUAAUGACCAUCUAUUUCAUUUUUAAAAUAAACUAGAUAUGAAAUGCUGUAUGUUUCUCAUCCUGGUUCCUUGUCUUAAUAAAGGGAAGCACUGGUGUGAAUACACGGUAUCAGACAACCGAGGUCUCAAGAUGACUCUGAGUUCCACCUUAAAAUGCCAAGACACUGAGCUCCAUGUUACAGUGGACCUUACUUUGAAGAAUUCUUUGGCAUGAAAAUGAAAAUAAAACAGUAAUCAGUACAUGCUGUUUCAUUUAGUUCUGUUUGCCUUUCAUACUAGAGGAAAUUCUUGCCAUACCUCAAACCAAAAUUAAGGGGAAAAGAAAGAAGUAAGCCACAUAAAUCUGACCAAGAACACAAGCAUUUUAAUUUGAGUCCACAAAGUUUUGGAUAAUGAAAAGAAAUACAUAAUUUUAAUUCAACCCAAGUAUUUUCCAAGUAGAUUAUAUUUGCUUAAAUUGCUAUAGCAAUUCAAGGGACAGCCCUGCCUGGACACACAGUUACUGUGGAUUUUUAAGAGAUUCAGUUUAAGAAUUUAGGAAUUUCUGAUUCAUUUACAGGAUUUGCAAAUUCAUCAGCCCCUGAAAACUAAAGCAAACUCAACAGGACAAAAAAAGGAACAUGGGCUUUUCAAGUCCAGUGUGUGUCCUUUUCUUCUUUCUUGGAGUCAAAGUAUAUUGCCAGUAUGAAAGUUAUCAAUGGAAUGAAGAUUAUGACCAAGAACCAGAUGAUGUCUACCAACCAGAAUUCCAAUUUCAUCAAAAUGAAGAUUAUGGAGUUCCAUUUCAUCAGCAUACUUUAGGUUGUGCCAGUGAAUGCUUCUGUCCACCUAACUUUCCAUCAUCAAUGUACUGUGAUAAUCGCAAACUCAAGACUAUCCCAAAUAUUCCAGCAUACAUUCAGCAAGUUUAUCUUCAGUUUAAUGAAAUUGAGGUUGUGACUGCAGAUUCAUUCAUCAAUGCCACUCAUCUUAAAGAAAUCAACCUCAGCCACAACAAAAUUAAAUCUCAAAAUAUUGAUCAUGGUGUGUUUGCCAAAUUGUCAAAUCUACUACAACUCCACCUACAGCAUAACAAUUUAGAAGACUUUCCAUUUCCUCUUCCUAAGUCUUUGGAAAGGAUUCUUCUUGGUUACAAUCAGAUCUCCAGACUGCAGACAAAUGCUGUAAAUGGGCUAGUAAACUUGACCAUGCUUGAUCUUUGUUACAAUCAAAUUGAUGAUUCUACAUUACAAGAAAAAAUCCUUGCGAAAAUGGAAAAACUAAUGCAGCUUAACCUAUGUAAUAACAGAUUAGAAUCAAUGCCUCCUGGUUUGCCUUCUUCACUUAUGUAUCUGUCUUUAGAAAAUAAUUCAAUAUCUGCUAUACCAGAAAAUUACUUCAAAGAACUCCCAAAACUUCAUGCUCUAAGAAUGUCACACAAUAAACUACAAGACAUCCCUUAUUAUAUUUUUAAUCUUUCCAACCUUAUAGAGCUCAAUGUUGGACACAACAAACUGAAGCAAGCAUUCUAUAUUCCAAGAAAUUUAGAACACCUAUACCUAGAAAAUAAUGAAAUUGAAAAUAUCAAUGUCACAUUGAUGUGUCCAUCUGUUGACCCACUACAUUACCAUCAUUUAACAUACAUUCGUGUAGAUCAAAAUAAGCUAAAAGAGCCAAUAAGCUCAUACAUUUUCCUCUGCUUCCCUCAUAUACACACUAUUUAUUAUGGUGAACAAAGAAGCACUAAUGGUCAAACAAUACAACUGAAGACCCAGGUUUUCAGGAGAUUUCAAGAUGAUGGUGACAGUGAAGAUCACGAUGAUCACCAUGAAGCCCAAGAAGAAGGAACAGAAGAAAAUGUUGACCCUCACUAUUAUGGAAGUCAAGAAUGGCAAGAAACUAUAUAGGUAUACAUUUAUAACUUCACGAAAUCUUAUUAUUCAGUAUAAAUUUAACUAAAUAUGCAUAGCUCGUAGUAAUAUACCUGGAAUUCUGUACUAGUAUGAGAUCAAAUUGAAUUUAGGUUGUUGACAACAUUUGCAUCAUUACACAGGAUUAGAACUUACUCAAAAUGAUAUAAAUCUUUAGAAAUGUAAAUUAGAAUAAGUAGAAAUCAAAAACUACACUUUGAAUAUUAAAUUAUCAUCAUGUUGAGAAAAAAAGCAAGUAUGACCACUUCUAUUAACAGUAAUUUUUCUAAUAAUGAUGUAAGAAGUAGUGUUAGAAGCUAAGAACUGUAAGCCAUGUGCUUUAAAUCACUAUGAGCAUAGUGUUUAAAUGCCAGAAGGUUACAUUAAUGUAACAGCAGCUACUCAUUUAAGGACUAGACUGUUUUUUUGACCUAAUGUCCAGAAAAGCUUUCACACUUGUAUUUGAAUAUCAUCACCAUGACAGCCACCCACUGGUCCUACCACUUAGAGCACAGAAUGAUAUUCUUGAUUUUCAAAAGAGGCUAUCGUACUAAGGAUCCAAGGCACACAGACUUAUGAAAUCAACUAGUCUUGUUUUUCUCUCAGAGCACAAAAGCAACAAAUAUUUAAACCCUGUAUUUGGAUACCUAAAAAACACCACAUCAUCUUAUCACAAUUCAUAUUUUAGCAAAUUUCAGCAAUUGUACAAAACAAUCUUGACUGCGUUCCAGUGUUUCUAUAGUAAAUUCACUAGAGAAAGGUUUUAUUUACAUAAAGAUUUGCUAAUAAAUAACUGCUCUGUUCACAAGGUUAAGUUAAUGUUAGCACAAGAAAGUAUAUCAACAUAAUUAAACACUUUUAUUUUCCUAACACAAUAUAUUAGAAACAUAUAUGUAUAUCAGCCAAUGUUUAUUUACAUAGUGUUAAAGUUGAAUAGAGUUCCUUUGAAAUUUGAAUGACAGGCUUUGAUAUCUUCUUUAAAUCCUUAAAAAUCAUAUAUCAUUUUGAAGCAUUUUAAGUAUGCCUUAUAAUGAAGUAUAGCUUCUAUGAUGAACUUUCUUGAUUUACCAGGCUAAUAUUUCACAGAAUUCCUCAGAUAAGGAAUAAACACAAAUCUGGAACUGCCUACACAGGAAACCCCUCAAACAAACAGUAACAAUUUAAAUAGUAUGCAAAAAGACAAAUUAAAACUGUAUUUUAAAAGCAGUUGUCUAGUGGUGAGUCUAUUUUUCUGGAGAUGACAGUUUAAAAUGAAGCCUCUAAUGCUCUUUAUAUCUUUGAGUAGGUUAUUAGCAUGUAGCAGAAACAGAACACCCACAUGUCCCCAGGGACAAGCUCAACAAUCCAGAAUGAACAUGAACAACACUCCAUUCAUUCAUUCAUUUAAUUAACAUUCAGCAAGUCAUUUGGUAUGCAGGGCUUAGUAAUGAGAGGUCAAACAUAAUACAUAUGUACACCUGUGACGCUAUGAGACACAGGUGUGAGGGUAAAGGUAAGAGCAAAACAAUAGUGAUGUGGGUAGAGCACAUUUUCCAAAGAGGUAAAAAACUUUAAGGACCAUCUCCCCCUUUAAUGAAAUUUUUUAAAAUAGGGUUAUAAAUUUAAACAUUUAUUAUGAGCUAAUAUGUGGAAAAUACUGUGGGUGUUUUAGGAGAUCAGAAAGAGAAGACUAUUUCUUACCCAGAACAAUUUAGAAUUUAAUGAGGAGCCAUCAGGAAAAUGCAAAUCAAAACCACAGCGAGAUAUUCCUUUACAUUCACUGGAUGGCUAUAAUCAAAAAGGCAGACAAAUAAUAAGUAUUAAUGAGGAGGUACAGAAAGUGGAAUCCGCUGGUGAUGCAGUCAAAUGGUGCAGCUGCUUUGGAAAGCAGUCUGGCAGUUCUUCAAAAAGUUAGUUACCUAUGAUCCAACAAUUCUACUCCUAGAUAUAUACCUAAGAGAACUGAACACAUAUGUUCACACAAAAACAUGUACACAAAUGUUCAUAGCAGCAUUAUUCAUUAAUAGCCAAAAAGUGGAAACCACUCAAAUGUCCUUCAGCUGAUGAAAGGAUAAACAAAAUGUGGUAUAUCCAAACAAUGGAAAAUUAUUCAGCCAAAAGAAGGAAUGAAGUACUGAUACAUGUUACUACAUGGAUGAACCAUGAAGACAUUAUGCUAGUGAAGUCAGUCACAGAAGACCACCUACUGUAUGAUUCCAUUUAUAUAAAAUGUCUAGAAGAGGCAAGUCUAUAGAGACAGAAAGAUUAUUGGCUGCCUGGAGUUGGGGGGCAGGAGAAUAAAGGGAAACUGGGGGAUGACUGACAAUGGAUAGAGUCUUUCUUUUGGGGGUGAUGAAAAUAUUCUGAAAUUGAUUACAGUGAUGAUUGUACAAGUUUGAAAAUACUAAAAACUAUUGAAUUGUACACUUUAAAAAAGUGAAUUGCAUGAGAUGUGAAUUAUUUCAAUAAAGCUGUUAUUUAAAAAUUUAACAGAGACAAUAAAAUCUAAUAACUCACUCUAACAAAAGGAAGAAAGAAAUACAAUGUGGCAGUAACUGAAACAUGAUGUGAACACAGAUAUGUCGACUUUAUUUCUGGCCAGGAUGUGAAGCAGUUGAAGGCUUCAAAGAGAUGGUACUUUGAUGUGUGAGUAGGGACUGAUUGGCAAGAGUGGAGAAAACAGGUCCUACGGUGAUAUUAAUAUAAAGAUGUGGUAAUUACUUAUUUCACCUCUUGCACAGUUAAAACCCUCCAAAUUUUCAGAAUUCUGGAGCACCUAUUUUUAUCUCCUCCUAAAUUGACAAAUGAAAAUACAUUUUAAUCUUCAAUGAAUAGGCUUAGUGAAGAAAAAACCUGCACAGUUUAGCAGUUCCUAACAAGGAACUUGAAAUCAGAUAUACCUUGGUAGAAGUCUGACUUCACACUCGUAACUAAGCAAGAUGACUCUGAGUAAGUUACUUCUUGAAGCCUCCCUUUCUGCAUUUCUGUAAGGAAGGUGGUUCUCACAGGGCUGUUAUAAGGACAAGUAGAGAUAGUAUACAUACCAAAGCAUUUAACAAACUGCAUGCCAGUUACAGGUACCCUACAAGCAGUAAUUACUGCAGUAUGUCCAGCCCAGCAGCCCACUGUAUAUGUGUGCCCCCAGCCAUCAGCUGUGCUUCGCAUGCCUUGGAGCUCUCUCGGGGAACCUCUAGAAUGGAGUUAGCAUCCUUCAGGUUCCUUGCAAGGUUCCACUUGUACAAAAGACUAGUAAACAAGACAGAAUUUACUAAAGAUUUCAUUAGGGAGAGAGAGGAGAGAGCUUAAAUCAUAUACCCACCACAAACAUAUUCCAAGUCAUUAUUUGAUGGUUCAGCUUCCAAAGCACCUCUAGAUGGCCUACAAGGGUGGGAAGCAGAGUUCCCUCCCUCCCUCAAAAGGCACUUGGCUGCCUGGCUCCUCUGGCUAGAGUAGUCAAACUCUUCCUGUCUAUUAGGAAGAAGAGGUCACCUCUGCUCUCCCUUUAAAGGCAUGUAUAUAUAAACACGUCAUAAAAUGUCCUCCAGCUGCAGGGCCAAGUAAGGAGGCAGGUUAACAACAAUCUUUUGUUACUCAAAAAUGUCCAGAGGAACUCAUGCCUACCCCAAGUAUUUCUCAUUAAAAAGAAAACAAAACAAAUAACCACCAAUGCUUUCCCUAGGAGGAUGGAAGAAUAAAGUUCUACCUCCUACCAGAGCUGCAAACAAAACCAGAUGAUAUAUUUAUAUCAGGAAAGAAAAAGAUGAAAAUUCAUCAAUUUUCUCAUUACACUUCAAGGUAUUAGCUAUAUUAGCUCUGAGGCUGAACUGUGUGUGUUUGUGACCACUAACAAAUAAAUCCAAAUCAUACCAUGAACCCAAGCUUAAUUAGCAAACAUAUUAGAAAGGAAAUAAAAAUAAAGGAUAUUUAAUAAAUUUGCUUAUAAUAAUACUGGUUGAGAAUGUUUAGCAUGUGUUUAAAUAUUACCUGAAAACUAUACAUUUUUACUUUAUUCCUCAAGUUGGAACCACUAACCCAAAAUGCAGAUGUAUGCAUAUCACGUAACAUACUAAACCAAUUCCAUGGGGAAAAAACAGAAGAAAUGAACCUGUCUCUUCUGUAUACUUUUACUAUAGCAAAGGAUUCAUAUGACCCAUGGAAAGCUAGAACUAAAACCCCAAUUUCCUGAUUCCAAAUACAUCUUUUCUAAAUCUUAGAAAUAAAGAAUAACAGCAGCUGGAAACAAAAUUAAAUCAUAACCGCUAAAAAUCCAAAGUUUCUUACGCAUUCCAAUUUCCUAAAUAAGUAUAACCUGGUAUGCCUAGCAAGUAAAUAGCACGGCAUUUAUGGAUAUGUCUGUCCUUACAUGUUUAGGUUGCAAAUUUAUUAUACCUAGACUUAUGUACUACUCAGAAAAAUUAAAAUCACAAAUACGAUAAAUUUUUAACAUUAACCCUUCUUUAUAUUGAGUCAUAAUUCCCCUCCCUUUAAACUUAAGCCUUUAGUCCGGGAAGUACUUGGGUUCGCAUCUUUAUCUCAUUUGACCAAACAACUACAUCUUUAUCUCAUUUGACCAAACAACUAGGCUUCAGGCAUAAGCAGAGACUUGAGACAGAGAUUCAAAUCAUAGACUUCCCAUAAAAU